UUUCUUGAUGGAUCCUACUUCAGUGUUAUUGAUCCGCCAGUGGUGGUUCGAAGAGGACAAGGGUGAUUAUAUUGAAAUGUGUUCCAGAUUCCAGCAUGUGCAGCGUCCUGUGUCUCUAGCGGCCGCCGGAACGAACGCGUGUUUUAGCAAAAACAGAAUACUGUAGAUUAUUCUUCUCAGGGCCACGGUCCAGAUGCGUUCCAGUCGCCGUCUCCAUGGUUACCAGAUUAAUAAUUUCAACAUGGCGUCGAAGCCGUAGACGCAACGGAUGACGAACCGGACCCCCUCGGUCGCCAUUUUGUGAUGCCGCCAACGCCGAGCGGCGGCUGUGAGCCGCCGUUUGUGGCUGGACAGAGCCAAAUAACUCACAUCUCUCCGCAUACGAGAAGCCUCCAAAAUGACCGAGGAAAAUUAUGUGAGGAGGGAAGAAAGAGGAUCCCGGCAAUAAAUUCAAGAGGACUGCAUCCCCCAGCAUACCCUGCGGCCUGGCACGUGCGCAGUGUGUUUCGGAGGUCAACCGUCCGCGCCUGCCCAGUCUCGAUGAAGUUUCUCUUGACAGUUGCUUCAAAAUGGUUUAAAAGCGUUUUCUUGCUGCAUACAAUAUUGUUCACAUCACAUUCAUCUUCAGAGGUACAGACACCACCCCCUUUCAGAUAUGCAAGACCAUUUUUCUGAACACAGCAAGAAAAUUCUUCAUGCUUUGAAUAAGCAACGUGAAGAUGGUAAAUUUUGUGAUGUGACUCUGGACCUGGGAGGUUACUGUUUAAAUGCACAUCGCAGUAUCCUGGCAUGUUGUAGUAAGUUCUUUCAUAAUGUCUAUGGAGCUGGCACAUCUGCUGAAAUCAACCUUCCUGAGAGUUGCUCUGGUGUUUUGGGCCUUCUCUUUGACUUUAUAUACACGGGUGAGCUUCGCUUGACAAAAGCAAAUGUCUCCAAGGUGCUAAACGCAGCAGAAGAACUUUCAAUCCCCGAUGCUAUUCAAGCUUGUCGGCAUUAUCAGCAGAAAUGCAUUGAUGAUGAGAGGAGUGAUGGAACUCUAUACAGCCAGCAAACAGAUGAAUGUGAACCUGUAAAGGCAGCAGUGGACACUACAACACAAACGAGAGAAACUGAAGUUCUGGAGGAACAAAACGCAAAUACUAAUUUCAGACAAUUUGGCAAAAGGAGCACCAGAAGUAAUAAGAAACAAGCGCUUGAGCUGCUGACCGAGAAAGAGAAUGACAAAGUGCGAUCCCUUGCUAUUCAGCAAAGAUCUAAAACUUCCUUGACAUCCCACAGAAGCCCAAAUUCUAAACAGCUGAAGGAGGCCAAAGAAGGUGACUUGGGAGACAGCAGUGAGGAGAACGGUCAUGAGAGCACCAGUGGCAAUAGUGACCCCAGCUUGGACAUGGACAUCAUUAAAAUGGAGGAUGGUGAGGAAGAUACAAACAACAAGGGAGAACUGGACCAUGAUUACAUUCCAUCUGGGCACAAUUGUAGAAAACAGAGAAAAACUGGUAUACUAGAUGGCACCAUGUUAGUGCUGGGCACGACUAAGCGGAAAGCCUCAGACCCAGCAAAUAGAAAGAAUGAGCCCAUUGAGUGUCCAACUUGUCAUAAGAAGUUCCUCAGCAAAUAUUACCUCAAGGUCCACAACAGGAAGCACACAGGAGAGAAACCCUUUAAGUGCAUCAAGUGUGGAAAAUGCUAUUUCAGGAAAGAAAAUCUACUUAAGCACGAGGCUAGGAACUGCAUGACCAGGACGGGUGUGAUUUAUACUUGUCCUGAAUGUAACCAAACAUUUAAAGGAAGAAUUGAGCUAAGGAACCACUUGGUAUCUCACACAGGUGAGAUGCCCUUCAAGUGCUCCUCAUGUCCUCAGCAGUUCAUGCAUAAGAAAGAUAUGCAGAGUCAUAUGAUCAAAUCCCAUGGAGCACCAAAACCGUUCCCGUGUCCCGCUUGUCCCAAGUGUUUCCUCUCCCGCAACGAUUUGCAUCAGCAUGAAUUGUCCAAACACCAGGGAGAGAAGCUGUUUGUAUGCGAGGAGUGCGGUCACAGGGCUUCUACGCGCCAUGGCUUGCAGAUGCAUAUAAAAUCCAAGCACAGGAAUGAGAGGCCAUAUAUCUGUGAAUUCUGUGACCGUGGAUUCACCCAGAAGGGCAAUUUGAACGUCCAUUUGCGGACACACACGGGCGAGAAACCAUUCCAAUGUCAUUUGUGUGGAAAAACUUUCCGGAUCCAGGCGAGCCUGGACAAACACAACAGGACUCACACAGGUGAAAGGCCAUUUGGUUGUGAGAUCUGCAGCCAAAGGUUUACGGAGAGAGGACCUCUCCAUCGUCACAUGGCUAGCAAGCACCAGGAAGGUCGGCCACAUGACUGCAGCAUCUGUGGGAAGACUUUUAAAGCCAUAGAUCAGUUGCGCGUUCAUAUUGGAAGACACAAGGGGGUGAGGAAAUUCGAGUGCAGUGAAUGUGGAUAUAAAUUCACCCGACAGGCUCACUUGAGGAGACACAUGGACAUACACGGGAGAGUGGAAAACUACAGUCCCCGUCAGCGAAGGCUCCGGAAUCUCAUCAUUCCCAAUGAGAGGGAGGGAGAUGUCGAGGCAAGCAUGACUCCACAGGUGACUGGCCUGCUUGAGGUUCCUCCUCCCACAGCUGCAAAAGAGACAACCAGUGAGAACACAGAAACCAGAGACCUCUCUGUUCAGCGAUUCUUGGACAAUGUGAUGCCAACGGUCAGUGGAACAGACCCUUGUGUAGAAGAGAUUACCAUAGUUGAGAUAUAAGGAACUGUUAUUGUAGUAAUGAUCUAAAAAUUGACUUUUUAUAUAAAGAAUGUAAAUAAAAGU